GCUCCGGGCGGCCGGAAGUGGCGGCUCGGCUGCUCCGGGCCCUUCACGUGGGGCAGCGGCGGCUCCGUCAUGGCGGCGCCCGAGCUGGAGCCGCUCCUGGCCGAGCUGCUGGAGCCCGACAGCGGCCGCGUGCGGCGGGCCACUGCCCGCCUCCGCGAGGCCUUCGCCGACCCCCAGACCCCCGCCCGCCUCAGCCUCCUGCUCACCGCCUCCCCCCGGCCCCAGGUGCGGCAAAUGGCGGCGGUGCUGCUGCGGCGGCGGCUCCUGGGACGUUGGAGCCGCCUGGACCCCGCCCUGCGCCAGAGGCUCCCGGCGCUGCUGGCCGAGGCCCUGGAGCGGGAGACGGAGCACCCGGUGACGGUGGCCCUGGCCCAACUGGCCGCCCUGGUGCUGCGCCGGGGGGGUCUCGGCGCCUGGGGGCCCCUGGGCACCUGGCUCCAAGCGGGGGCCCGGGACCCCCGGCCCCCCCGGCAAGAGGCAGCGCUGCUGGUGCUGAGCGCGGCGGUGGAAGCGGCCCCCGAGGCCCUGGCGCCCCACGGCCCCCCCCUCGCCGCCCUCUGCCGGGGCCUCCUGGGCCCCACGGCGGCCCCCGGCCCCACGGCCUACAGCCUGCGGGCCCUGGGGGGGCUGGCGGCCAUGUUGGGCGACGGCCACACGGAGCUGCUCCGCUCGCUGCUGCCCGACGUCCUGGGGGGGGUCGAGAAGCUCCUCGACGCCGACGAGGCGCUGGCGACCGAAGCCCUGGAGGUGCUGGACGAGUUCCUGGAGGCCGAUCCGGCCGCCGUCACCCCCCACCUGCGGCCCCUGCUCGACCUCUGCCUCCAGGUGGGGGGGGCGGCGACGCGGGGUGACGCCGUUCGCGCCCGGGCUUUGGCCACCGUCGCCUUCGUGGCCCAGCGGUGCCCCAAGGCGCUGCUGCGGGGGGGGCUGCUGCCCCCGCUGCUGCGGGGACUCCUGGGCCCCCUGUGCGCCGCCCCCCCCCCCGGGCGCCCCGACCCCGAGGACGAGGAGGACGAGGAGGAGGAGGAGGAGGAAGGCGGCGAGGCCGAAGGCUCCGGCGGCCCCAGCCCCCGGCACGCCGCCGCCCAGGCCCUCGACGCCCUGGCCCAGGCGCUGCCCCCCGAGAAGCUGCUGCGGCCCCUGCUGCCGCUGUUGGAGCCGCUUUUGGGGAGCCCCCGGCCCCCCGCCCGCAAGGGGGGGCUCCUGGCCCUGGGGGCCCUGGCCGAGGGUUGCGGCGAACACCUGCGCCGGCGGUACCUGGGACCAGCGCUGCGGGUGUUGCGGGGGGGCCUGGGCGACCCCGAGGCCUCGGUGCGGGGGGCGGCCGCCUGUGCCCUGCGCCGCCUCGCCGACUGUCUCCAGCCCGAGGUGGCGACGCUGGCGGGGGAGAUGCUGCCGACGGCGCUGGCGGCCCUGGAGGGCCCAGGCGUCCGGGAGGCCCCGGCCAAGGCCUGGUACAUCCUGGAGAGCCUCCUCGAGUGCCUCGGUAGGGGCCCAGGCGUCCGGGAGAGGGGCCCAGGCGUCCGGGAGGGGCCCAGGCAUCCAGGAAAGGGCCCAGGCGUCCGGGAAAGGGGCCCAGGCGUCCGGGAAGGGGGCCCAGGCGUCCGGGAAAGGGCCCAGGCAUCCGGGAAAAGGGCCCAGGAGUCCGGGAAAGGGGCCCAGGUGUCCGGGAAAGGGGCCCAGGCAUCUCGGAGAGGGGCCCAGGCGUCCGGGGAGGGGCCCAGGUGUCCGGGAAAGGGGCCCAGGUGUCCGGGAGGGGCCCAGGCGUCCGGGAAAGGGCCCAGGCGUCCGGGAAAAGGGCCCAGGAGUCCGGGGAGGGGCCCAGGCGUCCGGGAAAGGGGCCCAGGCGUCUGGGAAAGGGCCCAGGUGUCCGGGACGAGGGGCCCAGGGGUCCAGGGAAGGGGCCCAGGUGUCCGGGGAGGGGCCCAGGCGUCCGGGGAGGGGCCCAGGCAUCCGGGGAAGGGCCCAGGUGUCCGGGGAGGGGCCCAGGCGUCCGGGUGAA